AUGUCCAACACUGUGUUUACAUUAUCAACACUACUCAGUUCCGUGCAGAUCUAUAACGCAGUCGAGACGAUCCAGGAAGAAUCGCUUGCACACUUAUCACUUUUCGUUGAAUAUGGGCGAAUGGUGUCGGGCGAAGCAUUGCACUUUAGGCCGCCAUUCCAGGGGUGGAAAAGGGGACAUCAAAACUCUGGUGUAGAACGAGAAAAUGCAACAAAUAUGAUGAGGGAGCACAACUGUCAGAAUGACGAACCGUUUUUACUUUUUUCUUUUUUGAAGGGACCAGCGCGAUUAAGCAAAACUGCAGCAAGCGCCGAGGCGACGCAGUUCGGCUCAAGGUCAUGA